ACCAUCACCUUAAGUCUAAAGAAGUUCAACUACUUUGCGUUUUUAUUAAUCGCGUCCGUUCCUUACUUUAAAACACCUCCACUGUUUGACUUUUUUACACUAUGCGUUCGUUUUAUUUGCUACUAUUGGCUUCGACUGCAGUCAAUGCCGCCCCAUUUAACUUUCCUUUCAUGAAAAGAGACGAUUCGUCCUCAACAGAGUUGGUUUCAACUUCUGCAGGGCAAUCAUCAUCAAGUGUUCUUAUUGCAGAACCAACCGUUUCACCAGCAGGAAAAAUAGAGGCUCUGAAACAGCCUAUUUCCACAUCAACAGCACUUCAAGCUCCAUUAGCCACUAACGGAACUUCGAGUGUUGCAACUGAGCCAGCAUCAACUGGAUUGUUCAUGAAUGAUCUCCUCGAAUCAACUGAAUUCUCAUCCAGUGCUGAAACUGAUCCUGUAUCAACCGUGUUACCUUCAACUGAAACUGUGUCAUCAUCAACAGAUUUAUCUUCUGAAGAGCUGUUUGUUGUUCCAUCUUCAACAGAUUUAUCUUCUGCUGAACUGACUGAUGCAAUUACCACUUCCGCACCUCCAGCUGUAGAGGGACUUUUAGAGAAUGACUCCUCUGCCACUGAACCAGAAUCAAGUGAAUUGACUUCAACUGGUGCCAUGGAAUCUUCCUCAAGUAGUGCUGACCCCGUAUCUUCUGUCGAUCCAAGUGCAGAAGCAGUUCCACUGACAUUCACAGAAACUAUCACAAGUUCUGAUGAAAGCACUUCUUCUGUCGUUACUGUAUCCAGUGUGACUUCCUCAGACACCCCAGCUGUGACACCAAAAGCCAAAGAGGUCAAAAAAGACCCCAAGCCAACAACUUCAGAUCCUCCAGCUACUACUACAUCUGCUACUUCAGAAGUAGCUGAAACUUCCGAAGAUCAAACCACCACAUAUACCAUUACUAAGUUUAUCACCGUUACUGCUCCAGAUGGUUCUGUUAGAGUUCUUACUGAAGAUGAUCCAGUUACAUCUACAGUUGCUGAAGCUACUAGCUCUGAUAGUGCUGAUCCUAGUCCUGUUGCUCAAGAUAAUUCAAGCAAGGCUUCUUCCAAAGCUGUUAAACCAGCUAAAACUUCUUCUAAGGCUGGCAAAUCAGCCUUAUCUUCCUCAUCCGAUAUCCCCUACUGUAUCCCAACCACAGUUACAGUUACAGUUACUGCUUCUUCAUCAGCAGCAGCAGCAUCAUCAUCAUCAUCAGAUCCAAUGACUUCUGUUAUUACAACUAGUUCAGUCGUUACUUCAUCAUACCCUAUUUCUGCCGAGUUUACUUUAAAUGAAGAUUCAACAACCACAGUAACCACCUGGGUUGCAGUAACUUCAACGAUGCAAGGAACAACAACCAUCACUCAAUCUUCAUCCCAAACUCCAACUUCUUCUGUUCAAAAUGAUGAUACUCCUAGUGCUGAAGCUGUACCUAGCUCUUCAUCUGUUGUUCCAGUUUCUAAAUCCUCAAGUUCAACUAAGGAUAACGAAUCUUCAACUGCCACCACCGAAAUUGCCACAUCAUCAAGUGCAACGUCUGAAGAUCCAUCUACUACAACAAAGAGCGAAUCACUCGCCAACUCAAUAUUCGCAGAUCCAAUUUCUACGCCAGAGACUUCUGAAACAUCAAUUGUAAAUGAAACUUCUGAUGCUCCAGCUACUACGACCGAUAUCGAUGAAACUUCUACUGCAAAUGCAACUACUGAUAAUGUCGCAACUACCAGUGAAGCCGCAGAAUCAUCUAUUGCUGAGGUUACUACUGAUAGUCCAACUCCAACCACAGAUGCCACUGAAUCACCAACCACUAAUGUAACUACUGAAAAUCUGGUCCCUACUACCGAAGUUGCUGAAUCUCAAUCUCCAAUUGAGAUGGCGGAGGCUCCAAUCGCCACCACUAGCGCUGCUGAAACCUCCGUUGCAAAUGUGUCAACUGAGAAUCCAGCACCUACCACAGCUGCUGCCACUACCGAAUCAGCAGCAGAACCUACAACGGAAAUAGAAUCGUCUACUGAUGACUACACUCAAUCCCUGGGUCUGAGUUCCAUUGCUGCCACUACAACUGUAGUUUGAUUGACGUUCCAAUGGUAAGAUUUAUUUAGAUAGUUUACGUUUAUGAUUAGUUAUUUAUUUCGGUUAUUUAGUAUCAAUGUUUUUUUUUUAUAUACCUCCCUUUAACAUAUUCACUUACGUAGUAUUGUUCUCACAUUCUGUAACAAUACACACACCACCGUGAAAACAAACACACGAGAAAAUUCUCUAGUUUAAAAAAAAAGCAACACCCUCCCCCUCGAAAUUACCACUGGUUGAUUUUGUGGACUAUUUCAAAUUUUUUAUUUUCGUAUACGCGUCUCAUCCAUUUUUACCACAACACCCAAUUUGUUCGUCUGUUUAUUUCUACAAAAUUUCCAUAAACAUCACCCACGGUUUGCUCCUUUAUUCCACUGAAAAUGACAACUCCUAUAAUAUCACCAUCUAGGAAACAUACCCAUCAUACAAAACAUAUCAUUGACGAAACCUUAUCGCCAGUAAAGAUCAACCUCAAGCCCGUGGAAACGCCUCCAAUCCGCAACCCCAGCAAAAACGAUGUUGUCCUAAUCCAGCAUCCACACGGUCUUCAUGCUAAACACGAAGCACGCAGAAACACAUUUGGACACAAGAGACGAUCGUUAGUUAAUACACCAUUGAUUGAUGUUAAAUCCAGGAGAGACCCCAUGACCAGUCCAUAUGUUAACCAGGGCAUAAGUAACUUGGAUAGCAUCAAACGAUCCAAGCUUCUUUUAGAUAGCCAAUUUGAAAAGUUGGGAAAAGAAAAUAGACAACCUAAGCAUUUAGGAGGUGAGGAAGGAGACGACGAAGACAACGAAGAUGAAGCCGAAGCUCUAAGUUCACCAAUCAAGCGUCCUCUGAAACACAAGGACGAACCAUUGAGGAAAAUAGCAAAGCUUGUAACUAGUGCUGAGAGUGAGGUGAUUGAACAAGGUGAUGAUGACAACAACAACAACAACAACAAUGAUGACGACGACGACGACGUUAUUUUAGAUGAUCUAGUAGAAAGAUUUUCGAAACCAGCAUCUAGCCACGAAGAAACUUCAAGCCCACUUGUUAUUGACUCUUCUGAUAAUGAAGAACUCGAGACGGAUAAACCGGCUGAUACCAAACUCCAUGCUUUUGAUCAUACUCAGCUCAAUAAAAUCAUACAAGACCAUGUACAUAUUGAUUAUGUUACUCCACAAAGAUACACCGAGCCUGUAGCCAAGAGUCCAGGCACUAACCAGAUCUCCAGAAUUAAUGGCAAUUUAGAUUUAAAAAAUAAAGAAGAAAUUGACAAAUCAUUGGAUAGUACCAGCCCAUUGAAACAGAAACAGCUUGACGAGAAUGUUGACUAUUAUGACGACGAAACUAUCCACCGUUUAGAAAAUGAACCAACUAUCAAUUUCUUAAUGUCACCUAAUUCCAGGCCGUUAUUUUCCAUUGAACAAAUGAACAAGAUACAACAAGAGAAUAGUAAACGUAAUGAGGAGUUAAUCCAGGACAUAAAGACCCGUGAUGACACUAUUCAGCUUUUAAGUGAACAAGUGAAUAAGUUACAGGGUAACUUGGUUGAACACCAACACCAAUUGCGCGAAUUAAAGAAAACAAAUGGUGAAUUGGUGAAUAUCGAACGAGUUCUAUCUAUCCAAUUGAAGCACAAUGAACGCGAAUUAGCUUCUUUAACUAAAAGCUUCAAGAUUAAAGAAAGUUCUGUAUUUCAAUUAUCACAAGAGUUGUCAAGAAAACUGAAUGAGUUAACACAAGUGGAAUCACAAUUUACAGAUUUGACCAACAAAGUUGAGGAAAUUCAACAUUUAAAAGAUGAUUUGAUUGAAAUGAAUGAUUUGAAUGAAAAAUAUGCCAAUCAAAUUGAUAGCUUGAUUAAAGAAAGAAACGAAAUUCAAACUCAAAAUGACGACUUACAAGGGAAACUUGAGACUGAAUCGUCGGAAUGGAAAGAUAAAUACGAACAAUUGAAUCAAACCUAUCAAGAAUUAAAAGAUACUAAUGAUGAAUUGAGGAACCAAUUAGAUGAUGUAUCGACCGAUCUCAGCGAGGCCAAUGGUAAAAAUGAGGAUUUGAAGACCCAUCUUUUGAAGUUUGAAACUGAAGUUGAACAAUUAACAACUACAAAUGAACAAUUGACAAUGGAAAAAGAAAAAUUAACAGCAGCAAAUCAAGAGAACGAAAAGUUGAUAAAGGAAUACGACGAGAUCACCAAUAAUCGAAUUGCAGACCUAGAACAAGAACUUGAAGAAACCAGACAGAAGGAGGAACGAGAAAAGGAGAAUUCAAUCCAAUUAGGAGCGCAACUUGAGGAAUUCAAACAACUUAAUAAAAAGCUCGAGUUUAAAAUUGAAGAUUUAGAUUCAGAAGCUGCUUUGUUGAAAGAGGAAAUAACCCGUCUUGAAACCCUAGUUAAAGACAAGACUGCGCUUGUUGAAGAAAAAGAUCAAAUCAUUUCUGAUGACAUGAUCAAGUUAAACGAAUUGGUACAAGCUGUAACCGAAUCAAGAGAACAUAAUAACGAAGAAGUCGAGGAUUUGCAUAAGCAAAUUGAAACUCUUUCCCGGGACCAUGCCAAGGAAAUACAAAGACUUCAAGAAAAACUUGAAACGUCUCAAGCAGAAGCAGAUCAAGAAUUCAAUCGUCUUGCCCAAUAUUUACAUCAUGAAUAUUCUGAAAAACAUGCAAAGAAAUUGGGUGAAGUUAAAGUUCAUUUUGAACGAGAACGAGAUGGUCUAAUUCGCGAUAAAAAGGCAGCUGAAAGAGAAGCGGAGUUGUUAAAGAGAAAAGUCAAUCACAUGACCAGCGAAAUGAAGAAAAUGACUGAAAUUUAUGAAAGUCAAACAUCCGGAUCACGACAUAGAAGUCCUAAUAAGUAGUGUUUUAGAUAGCUAGAAUAUAUUAAUAUGUUUGUAA